GAGCACUGACUCCAGCACGUUGUGAAGCUGCUGAGGUGAUUCAGAGAAAUCACUUGUUUCUAAAUCGCCGAUUUUUUUUGAUAAUUGACCCGCUGAGAUUUCCAGUUGACCAAAGAAAUGGUGAUGGAGAAGCCAAGUGCCCAGCUGGUCGGGCGAGAGUUUGUCCGACAGUAUUACACACUCCUGAACCAGGCCCCCGACUACCUGCACAGGUUUUACGGGAAGAACUCCUCCUACGUGCACGGCGGCCUGGACAGCAACGGCAAACCGGUGGAGGCCGUUUACGGACAAUCUGAGAUCCAUAAGAGGGUGAUGGCUCUGAGUUUCCGGGAUUGUCACACAAAGAUCAGGCACGUGGAUGCCCACGCCACCCUGAACGAGGGCGUGGUGGUGCAGGUGAUGGGCGAGCUGUCCAACAACAUGCAGCCCAUGAGGAAGUUCAUGCAGACCUUUGUACUGGCACCGGAGGGAACCGUCGCAAACAAAUUCUACGUCCACAACGACGUGUUCCGUUACCAAGACGAGGUGUUUGGCGACUCUGACUCCGAGCCUCCAGAAGAGUCUGAGGACGAGGUGGAGGAUAUCGAGGAGAGGGUUCCCUCUCCCGACGUAGCUCAGGAGGAGUCUGCUCCUUUCUACGACCCGUCAUCCUGUUCAGAGCCGGCGGUCCCUGGCGACGAGGAGGAAGCGGCGGCGAGUCCGGAACCAGAGCCAGAGGCGGAGAAGGAGACCGAACCCGCAGUCGUGGAGCUGAAGUCGGAGACGAUGCUGGAAACUCAAACAGACGCAAACACAGCCGACGACCAGACAGAGAAAAGCCCCGCCGCCGCCCCACCGACCGCCGAACCCGCCGCCGUGCCCGCUGAACCCGCCCCCACCGCCCCAGAGGAAAACAGGCCCUUCUCCUGGGCGUCGGUUACCAGUAAGAACCUCCCUCCCAGCGGGGCGGUCCCAGUCUCAGGAAUCCCACCACACGUCGUCAAAGCCACUCCCACAGCACCGCCCAGAGUGGAGGUGAAGUCAGAAACCCAGACAGCAACACAAAGACCACAGAGAGACCAGAGACCAAGGGAACAGAGGCCUGGAGGUCCUCCACCGGUACACAGAGGCCCCAGACCAGUUCGUGAGGGUGAGCAGGGAGAGUCGGAGGGUCGCAGGGUGGUCAGGUACCCCGACGCCCACCAGCUCUUCGUGGGCAACGUCCCUCAUGAUGUGGACAAGACCGAACUGAAGGAGUUCUUUGAACAGUAUGGUACAGUCCUGGAGCUGAGGAUCAACAGCGGAGGGAAGCUACCAAACUUUGGCUUUGUGGUGUUUGACGACUCUGAACCUGUACAGAAGAUCCUCAGCAACAGGCCCAUCAAGUUCAGAGGCGACGUCCGUCUGAACGUGGAGGAGAAGAAGACCCGGUCAGCCAGGGAGGGCGAUAGACGGGAUGUGAGGCCCCGGGGUCCUGGAGGUCCAGGCGGCCCCAGAGAGAGAAUAGGAGGCGGCGGAGGACCCAGAGGACCCCCCACCCGCGGAGGCAUGGCACAGAAACCCAGCUUCGGCUCCGGGCGGGGCGCCGGCCCCAACGAGGGGCGCUACUCUGCCCAGCGCCAAUGAGACACCAGGGCUCCAAACCUGAGUUAGAUUACUGUUUGAAAAUGGAUUCAACUUACUUCUGAGUGGUUAUUGAUUUGCUGCAGCAGGAACCAAUUGGACAAACCCCAAAUUUAACCAAAACCCCUUCUUUACUUUGCAUCUAGGAGUAGAAAUGAGCAGGUGUUACAAAUCUCGAGUCAAAAAACCUGAUUUUUCUGAUCAGUAUCCACCUCAUUCUUCCUCCUAAAUGCUCACUCUUGCUUAAAAAGGCUUAAAAGUGGCAGUAAACAAGUAUUACAGAAGGGAUUUUCGUUAGUAAUUGACGCAGGUUUGGUCGAGAGCUUUCACCGUCAAGUCACGCCAGCUCCUGCUGAAUUCGAGAGCCAGUCUCGACAUCUGUCUCUCACGAAGAUGGCUGCCUCCUCUUCCUCCCUGAACUCCCCCUUCCUUCCUCCUCCUCCUCCUCCUCCUCCUCCUCCUCAUUCUUCUCCUCCACCUGCUGCUUUUUGUUUCCCCUCCAAGGAAUCCAGAAUGUCACUCCUCAUUUUCUCCAUUCUUUCUUUCUAUCCUCCUCUUCGUCUCCUCCUCAACCAACACGUGUUAUCUGGACUUUUUUUUGUCUUUUUUUUUUGUUUUUCAUGCUUGAACUUGAAUUUAUUAAGAAACAAAACGAAACACGCAAACACAUGAAAAAAAAAGGGUAAAUACUACUUGAAUUGGGGAUUAAAAAACCCAGAGGUUAGGUUUUUUCGCGUUCUCUCUCCCUGUUUCUUAAAGGAACGUGUACUUUACUGCUUGGGCAAUCCUGUGUAUUGCUGCCACCGUUGUAUCUAGCGAUGGAUCUGUCUUAUCUUUUUAUUCUAUCAGGUCAAGAGCUGAACUGUAGUGGUUUUAUUUGAGUAAUAAUGUUGGCUUGUAAUAUGUGGAUUCACGGACGCGUCUGAAUGGAGCAUGUUUCAAAUCAUGUAUCAAAUCCUGUAAGGCUUCUACUACCGAUGCACUUCAUUUGUCAUCAUGUUUAAAAUGAGCUCACCUGCCGAUGAGAGAACUAAAUUAAAAGUGAUUUACUGUUUUAAAA